AUGGCCGCCAAACACGAGGAGUCCCUCUCCAGAAUGUCCUUUGACAUCGCGAGCGGCUCGUCCACGCUUCUAAUCCCCAACUUCUCGCAGGCGCCGUCUCCGGGAGUGGACAAAUUCUUGUCCAGCAAGGUGUUUGCCGCCGGCGGGUACAACUGGGCGAUCCGAUUCUUCCCCGGCGGUAGGAACCCUGAAGACAGCGACUAUCUGUCGGCAUACAUCGCGCUGUUGAGUGAGGGCUGGGAGGCGCACGCGAGGGCGUUGUUUGUGCUCUGGGUGGAGGACCAGAGCGGAUACGACAACCACCUGGUCUUCACAAAUUUCGAAUCCUACCUUGUGAGCCUUGAUUACCCCCUCAUGCGCGGAUACAUGUGGGGAAACCCUAUGUUCUCCAAGAGAGAUCAUUCCAAGGUAUUGCGGUUCAUCAAGGACGACUGCCUUAUCCUGCACUGCACCGUUGGAGUCGUGAAGACCCGACUUGAGGAGCCCAUACGCUACAGAGUAGUUGUUCCGCCGCCGGACAUUGGUCGGGGUAUGAAGGCCCUCUUGGAUUCUGGAUUGGGUAUGGACGUCAAUCUCAUAGUUGGCCACGAAAUUUUUAAAGCCCACAAAGUGAUUCUGGCUGCUCGAUCUCCGAGAUUCAGAGAUGAGUUUUUCGAUCCGACGGGCGACGGCAACAAGAAGAAUCUCACUUUGAAGGACGUGGAUCCUCCUAUUUUCCAGGCAAUAUUAGAAUUCAUCUACACCGACGAGUUUCCCGACAUCAGCAUCAGCAAGAUCGCGGGCUCGACCUCUCAUUUUUCAUCCACCAAUGCGCUGUUGCGUCUAAUGGUUGCUGCUGACCUCUACCGUCUCAAUCGGUUGAGACUAUUGUGCGAGUCAAGGUUGACCGAGCAUAUCACCACCGAUACGGUGGCCGCUAUAAUUGCAUUGGCUGAUCAGCAUCAAUUCCACAAGUUGAAGGCGAUAUGCCUGAAAUUUGCCACAAAUCCGGCAAACAUGGGAGCCGUGAUGGAAUCGGAACGGUUCAAGAGCCUAGAGGAGAAGUGCAUGGAGGAGCUCUUGGCUGUGAGCAUUCAGAACACUCAUGGGAAGCAUGGUCCGGGACAAAACUUGUCGGAUAUCGUUGGCAGUGGCAACAUCACACUACCCACGAACGAUGGCGAAUUAAGGAGAUGGAAGAUCAAAGCGGGUAAAGCUCUUUACGCUCUUGCUGUGUCUAUUGAAAAUGAAUUAAUGCAACACAUCAAGAGAGCACAAACUCUAAAGGAGGUCUGGGAUAACUUGGUAGCACUUUUCGCAAGGUUGAACGACGUCAAGUUGCAAAGGUUGAAGAAUGAAUCGUAG